GGACAGAUGGCAGCAGGCACCCCAGUGGCCGUCCGCUACUCCGCUCCAUGGUUCUCGGGUUCUCCUCAUUUUCCUGGACCGCGCCGAUCGGAUCACACCAACGGCAUCGUAAUUGUCGCGACACGACUCACCCGACGAACGUUCGACGAUGCUGAGACCUCUGCUGCUUUUGUGUUGGGCCGCGACGAUUGUGUCAGCUGGCGGCCAGUUAGGUGGCAUCAACAAUGACACAAAUGUUCCUGCCAAUUCGGCGAGCAGCAAUCCAAGUUCUCAGACAACGUUGUUUGUUCCGCCUGAACCGAGCGUAGAAAUCGAUAAGUCGGCAACUGUAUCCCCGGCUAAGGACGAGCAUACGACAAACGAUACCUCGGAAACGUCAGAAGGCAUUCCACCGGCAAGGACUACGACUACGACUACAACUACAACUACAACUACAACUACAACUACAACUUCGAAGCCAACCACAACCGUGCCGACUACGACCACAACCAAGUCGACUACUACCACCACAGCCAAGCCUACCACCACGACCGCUGUUCCCACAACGCCGGCGCCGCCGACCCCGCUUCCUCCGCCGAGCACCGAGAAGUGGAUGGUCAAGGAGAACAACACGCUUUGCAUUAUCGUUCAAAUGGCUGUGCAACUCAAUGUUUCUUACAUCAGCGCUAAUAACAUGACCCUUCACAAGGCGCUGGACGUGCCCAACAACACUACCGCGAAAAGUGCAGGGAAUUGCGGUAAAAUCGAGCAGAACCUGACGCUGACGUGGGAAUCGCAGAACAAGACGGCCAUGAACAACUUCACGAUUCAUUUCGUAAAGAACGAGACUGAAAAGCAUUAUUCUCUUCAUCACCUCGAGAUCUCCUUGGCGGCCGACGAAUUCCCGAAUGCCGAAUCAAAUAAGACGGUGACUCUGGUACAUGUGGCACCGCAAUUCAAGACUGGAUUGAGCAACUCGUACAGAUGUAUCAAGGAACAGCAGCUGGACUUGACCCGCGAGAGUAGCAACGUGACUGUGGGGCUUCUGAAAGUGACCAAUUUGCAGUUCCAAGCUUUCCGGGGUGAUAACACUACCGUUUUUGGCCUAGCCAAAGACUGCUCGUUCGACACGCCCGACAUCGUUCCCAUAACUGUGGGCUGUGCGCUGGCGGCCUUGGUGGUAAUCGUAUUGAUCGCAUACCUCAUCGGCCGCAGACGAAGUCAGGCCCGCGGUUACCUUAGCAUGUAAGCCGAGAGUUCCGUGAGGUUUCCUUCUCUCUAUUUCCCCUCCCCCCCCUUUUUUAAAUCGUUAAACUGAUUUUUUUUUUUAUACGAUUCUCCGUCCGAACGGAGCUUCGAUUGUCUUAUUGAGAAUCUAUGUAGCUGUACUUUUUGUGUUCUAUAGCCACGAGGGCUGUGACACACAUGUUAAGAGGAAAGAAAAAAUAAUAUAGUUUAUACGUUUGUAAAGUUAUCCGCGCUCGCGUGCGGCAAUAUUAGAAAAAGAAAAAAAAAUAGAUACGUAUCGCAAGGCGGUUAAAAAAAAUAACGAUACAGGGUGGAUGAUUCCGUGGAGCAACGUGCUUCGCGUUCUACAAGGGCAAAUACUCUCCAAUAAGUACGAAUUUGACAUGGUUAAAUCGCGACAGAGAGAAAGAGAGAGAUCUGCAUCGUAUCUGCGCUGCUCCACUUUUGACUGGCAGCCCGGAUCGUUUGAUUUUUCCAAAAAAAACGUAGCCUGAUUCAUUGAAACGGAAUUGGAAUGAGUAAAAUUCUGAUCGAUAAUGUAUAGCCAUGUUAGAUGUCCGUGCGCUGGAUUCGCAGCUUGUAACGGGACGCGUCAUAACGCGAGAUAUAUAUAUAUUUUUUUUUAUCCGUUCUCCUUUUUUCUUUCUUUUAAAGGAACAUUUACCUGACUUUAAUUACCGCGAUACGAUAAACCGCCUUUACUCUACAUCCAUACUUAAUGCAUACGUCGAUAUGUGUUUCCGUUACAUUCGUACUCUCGAAUUCUUUUUAUUAAACUGUACUGUGAAGUAAUAGCAGUUGUGUUUAUAUAAAUAUAGCCCUAUAGGUAUGCGUGUGUGAGUGUAUCAGAAUAGUAUGAAGGAGCACGAGCUUCGUUGGUGUUAAAAGGGUUUUGAGCUUCACUUUAAGUGGGCAUAAACCACCGAACGCUAAAUUAGACACUAUAAAUAGUGCAAUCUUUUAGGUGUGUAAAAAAAAAAAGGUAUUAGUUUACAGAGCAAAACGGAGUUGAAUAAAACGGAAAAUAAAACGUAACAUCAAAAGUAA